AUCUUGAGGAUCCGAGUUCCGUUUUGUUGCACUCUCGAAGGCGAAUGGUCGCGUACUUACUACAGGUCUUUGCUCUGUCUGCUGAGAUCCUGCCGUGCGUCUUAACGCGGGAUUGUUCCUUUAAGAAAACUGUGAAUGGUCCAUGAAUUUGAGCCUCGUCGCGCUGACGUAAGUGAAUUGGAGAGGUUGGUGUGCCUUGCAGGAAGAGACAGAUAACAGUGAUGAGGACCAGGCAAAGGUACCAGAUUUUUUGCCGAGAUUUUUCCCCCCACUUGUUGUGUUUUUAUAACCUCUACAUUUACCCAGCCAAUUGCUGAAGUCGUUUGAAGUCCGUGACAGUAUAACGGUGCUUAUUCCCCUCCCUUUUCUGCACAUCGAGGAUUCUUUUUUUUAAAUUUUAGAUUGCCUCAUUUUUUUCUUCAGCCAUAAAAAGAAUGGAUCGUGACGUGUUAGCCUGGUGACAUUUUCUUUUCUGCGCCACCGUCGGCUUUUAGAGAAAAAAUGGAUCAUUACCAGGAGGAGCAGUCGGUAAAUCCUAUUACCGCGCAGCACGGGACAGCGACCAACAGCGACUCCAACUUGGGCAGCGGCCUGACUGACCUCCAGCCACCUGCUUACUUCAAACUGGAGUUCAGGAGAAACGCGGUGACCGAUGACUACAAAAUAACAUCUCAGGUCCUUGGCCUGGGAAUCAAUGGCAAAGUACUGGAGUGUUACUGCAAGAAAACAGGAGAGAAAUGUGCGCUCAAGAUUCUCUACGACACUCCCAAAGCUCGACGGGAGGUUGAGCUGCACUGGCGAGCUUCCGGAGGUCCCCACAUUGUACGGAUACUCAGCCUCUAUGAGAACAUUCACCAUGGGAAGAAAUGUCUCCUCAUUGUUAUGGAAUGCAUGGAGGGAGGGGAACUGUUCAGUCGCAUUCAGGCCAGAGGGGACCAGGCUUUCACAGAGAGAGAGGUGUCGGAGAUCAUGCAUGACAUUGGCAUGGCCAUAGAAUACCUCCACCACAUGGACAUUGCUCACAGAGAUGUAAAGCCUGAAAACUUGCUCUACACAACUAAAGAGAGCAACGCUACUCUAAAGCUGACUGACUUUGGCUUUGCUAAGGAGAUGACGCUACACAACUCCCUGCAAACUCCAUGUUACACUCCGUAUUAUGUUGCGCCAGAAGUGCUUGGGCCAGAGAAAUACGACAAAUCAUGUGACAUGUGGUCUUUGGGUGUAAUCAUGUACAUCCUACUCUGUGGGUUUCCUCCAUUCUACUCAAACACAAGCCAGGCCAUCUCUCCAGGCAUGAAACAGAGGAUCAGGUUGGGCCAAUAUGAGUUUCCGAACCCAGAGUGGGCAGACGUUUCUGAGGAAGCCAAACAGCUCAUCAUUCAGUUACUGAAGACAGACCCCAGCGAGAGGAUGACCAUUGGACAAUUCAUGAACCAUCCUUGGAUUAGUCAAUCCAUGGUGGUCCCUCAAACACCUUUGUACACCUCUCAGGUUUUGACAGAGGACAAGGAACUAUGGGAAGAUGUAAAGGAGGAAAUGACCAGUGCCCUGGCCACGAUGCGCGUAGACUACGACCAGGUGAAGAUCAAAGACUUGGAUACAUCCAACAACCCUCUGCUGAAGAGACGCAAGAGGCCCGUUCCUCCGGGAGCUGACGGCGUGGAGGAAGCUGACAGAAGGGAUGGAGAUGGAUCAGGAGUGUGUAACAGUCAGAGAGAAGUAUUGUUUUCUGAAGAACAUGGUGACAUGAUCACGGAAGAAAAGUAGCAUUAAAACCAGAGUAGCAACAUUUUCCAUCCACAUAUCAAUUGUUGUACUUUACUCGUUUUUUGUGUUCCUGCACUCACUUUAAAGAAUGCCAUUUAUUUUUAACUCUCACUACUUAAAGUGAAAUAAAAUGUUGUUUUUUAUCUUUUA